GGUGCCUGGCCCGCAUCAAGCCCAGAUCCCAUCCGAUCCAUCCGAUCCAUCCGGCUAUCGGAGAGGCCUUCUUGCCCUCCAUUCCCCGUCCCCGCCACAUACCCGCCUGGAUUGCUUGCACCCCAGCCGCAUGAACACCUUCAACUCCACAUUCCACGCCAUCCGCUCGGCCAUCGCGCAGACGCUCGGGCUGAUCUCCAGCAGCGCUUCUGGCUCGGUUCCAAAGCUAUCCCAGCGACGAGACGAUCAGAUUGCCGCGGUCGGAUCCCAGAAUAUCGCAGCGGCCGUGCAAAAGGGCUCCAAGAGCCACUGGGAAUAUGUCAGCCUGGCCUUUAAAUCCAUCUGGGAGAGCUACAUUAAAGAUGCCGAAGCUGAGAGCGACACGCUGUUCCAGCAGCUGUAUACACUGCUGGAUCUGUCGAUAUGGUGCUCCGAGCACGAAUACGCCGAUGCGGCCCUCUCGCUGAGUCUCCUCGAGGAUAUCCUCGACUCGGUUACGAUCGAUGGAGCGGAGCGUCUCCUGGACUACCUUGAAGCCCGACGGGAUCGGCUGACGAUGGGCAUGGAGCCAUCAAAAGGCAAAGGACUGACCCUGUUGCGAAUGUGCAACGAGUAUCUCAAGCGGCUUUCAAAGACCAAGCACACCGUGACUUGCGGGCGGAUUUUGAUCUUCCUGGCCAACGUCUUUCCACUGACCGAGCGAUCAGGUGUCAAUCUCAAGGGCGAUUUCAAUGUCGAGAACUUGACCCAUUUUGAAGACCUGACAAGCAGUGGUUUGUCGAUGGAUGUAGAUUCGGAUGAAGCCGAGCAAGACAAAAAGAUCGACGAGCUCUACAAGACGUUUUGGGGACUGCAAAAGUACUUUUCCAACCCGAUACUGCUCAUCAAUCCCGACAACUUUGCCAAAUUCCAGCAAGCAACCGAGAUCAUCUUUACAGAGUUUGAUCGUAUCUUGCUCGAGAUCGACGGUGUCGGAAUGGACUUUCCCGGCUCUCGGGCCGACUCGAGCCAAGGCAAGCGCAAACGCGACGCCGAGCGAGCAAGCUCCGAUCGCCAGGAGCACUUCUUUCCAAAGUUCCUCACCAGCCGGAACCUGUUUCAACUCGAGCUCAAGGACCCGCUGCUGAGACGGCAGAUCCUCACGCAGUACACCAUCGUGCUGCAGUAUCUGACGCAGCAGACACAGAAGGAGAAAGAAAGGCUCCAGACCUACUUUGCCGAAAACCCAAAGGCGCAGCCAAACAAGCCCUUGCUGGGCCAGACGAUCUCUUCCUUUGCCGGCGCCGCUGCGAGCACCUCCGGGGCGACAGCUGGCAUCACAGAGGAGCAGGAGCGCUGGAUCAACGACAUUCGCUCGCGUGUCGCCAAGAUGGUCGAGCGGAUUCCGCCGCGUGAACGGUCGUUUGCCAAGUCACUGACGACGCUGGUGUCGCACGAAAAGCACUGGAUCAAAUGGAAGAACGAGUCCUGCUUGUCGUUUGAGAAGGAGGCUUCCAAGGUCGAAGACGGUCUCCCGAAGCGGAAGCUGGAGGUCUCGUUGGCCACUCAGAAGGACAAUAUCGGCAAUGCCAGACUCAACCGCAUGUGGGCGAUGGGUCGCGAGAUGCAGCACACAAUUCAGGACAAGAACCAGAGGUUUGUUUGUUUAUCGUCUGGGUGAUUGUGUCCGGGGUCCUGUUGGGAGGAGGAUAUCGAAAGAGAUGUUCCGAGAAUCGCU